AUGUCAGUCCGGACGUACGAGUGGUGCUUCUCCAUGCCCCCGAGAUGCUCCAGGUGGAACACCGAGAUGAGAGACCUGACCAGGCUUGAGACAGAAGAAAGAAUAGCAGAAGUGGCGGUGUGCUGUCCAGGGUAUAAGAUGAGAGAUGUGUCCUGUGUCCCAAUCUGUCCUAAUGGGAAGACAGGACCUGGGUGCUCCGAAGACAACAAAUGGGGACCAAAUUGUAUACAUGAGUGUAAGCGGUGUAAGAAUGGCUUCUGUUCACCCGUCACAGGCGAGUGCGAGUGCUUGGACGGAUGGCAAGGUGAGAGUUGUGAUGUGAGCAUGCCUCCAACGACAGCGACGCCGUCGUUUGAAGAAAUACUAACAGCACUGACUACUAAAACAAUUCCUACAACAGCUAGAAUAACCUCUACUGUAACAACUCCUAGAACCACGGUAACAUCGCCUUCAACUACCACGACAACACCUAGUACUAUCGCAACAACACCUAGCACAAUUUCAACAACUCCUACAACCGUUGCCACAACUCCUACGACCAUUUCAACAACUCCUCCGACCGUCGCAACAACUCGAACAACAGUUGUAAUAGCUUCGAUUACUCCUGUUACUACCCCAAUGACAACUGUAGCCCCCACUACUAAAGCAACAUUACCUACUACGACGUCAACCAAAAAUUUAUUUACUGCAACGAUAGAUACUUUGGAUACAAAAGAAGACCAUCGAAAUAUCAUAUCUACGCUUACCAAAGAAACAUCAAACAUUCCUAUGGAUUACGUCAACACAACUCUUGUUACUACAAGUACUACAAAAGCUUCUAACCCAACUACGGAAGCAGUUACAGAAAAAGUCACAGUAAAACCGAUUAACAAUAAAAACGAAGUGUUAGAGUCUACCACAGAAUCUAUAAUUGUAAUAAAAAGUGCUCCAACUGAAAAUGCAAAACCAAAACCGAUUGAAGUUCUUACUACUACUGAAAUGGCAACAACUUUACCAUCAAUAACAGUAGAAACGACAGUAAAAAUGGAAACUCCGAAAAAAGAAACAACAAUUAAGCUACUCCUAACAACGGUCAAAUUCAAACCAAAGGAAAUAUGGAUAAGACCAGCUCAAAAAGGUGAAUCUCCCAUAGUAGAAACCAAACUUAAAACUACUCAUGAAUUUCCAAGGUACAGAAGUGCUAAUAAUAAUAAAGAAUUUACACCAACUGUAACUACACCAAAGACGAUAAUCGUAUCGAUUAUACCUACAUCUGUGUCUUAUACAACUUUCAAAAAGAUUGCUUUAACUUCGUCAUUUGUAUCAACCAAAAAUAGUUCAACCGUACAGUCUUAUAAUAAGACGGAGAUUGAAUCUACAAAGCCAAUGUUAACAGAAACUACGACACCGCCAAUUAAACUGAGUCCUUUGUCAAGAAAAGAUUUGUUGGCUACAUCAUAUUUCAUAAACAAUACUCUAGUAUCAAGCACUUCUGUAACUCCAAAACCGACAACUUCUUCAACUAAAUCAACUAUUAUAGUAACGAAAUCUCUGGAAACUAAGUCUAUAACUCGUAUUAAUAGAACUAACAGCAUGAUGACUGACAUUAACAAGAACGUUUCUACUUCCAUAACAACUGCUUCUUUCAAUGCAACAAGAACUUCAUUGAAAAUCAAUGAUUCAUUCACGACUUCUACUACUACUAGCACCUCUCCUAAACCUACAAGUGCGACGCAAUCCUCAACAGAGCAUACAACAAAGCACUUGAUAAAAUAUGUACUACCUAAAAAAGUUACUGCAACAACAGAUAUAAAAAAGAUUAAACCAACUACUAAUACGCCAAAAACUGAUGACAGUGAAUUUAAAAAGGCUAACGUUACUAAAAAUUUUAAUAAAGUUACAACUGAAGGACCAGCGGAUGAUGAAGAAUUUCAUAUUUUGACAGAACCUGAGCAUAUAACUGCUGUUAUGGGGGACAAAGGAACAGAGAGGUCCUCAGUAGAUCUGAUUUCGGUGAUCAGUAUAGCAGGAGGAGUGAUGAUGGCUGUCAUCACAGUAGCCGUGGUGAUUGUAAUGAUAGAAAGGUGCAAGAAGCCGAGAUACGAGGAUGUGAGGAAGAUCAAUGACAUAAGAAUGCAAGUGAUGAUUGAUAACAACGAUGUUCCGCCGCCGUACGUGAGGAGCAUCUUCCAUACUCCCUUACCAGAUCCUCCGUCCUCGGAAAAAUGUCAUUAUCAACCAAUUUCGACGUUGGAUCGAAAUUUGAAACAAUUUAUGAGACCGGUUGUGGUACAAACAAUUUCGCCUAUAAUGCUGGAGAACUUCAGAGGUAUCCUAGAAUGCCAUUACGACCACUUGCCAAGAAGAAGCCAUGAGUUUAAUACGAUUCAAGCUCGCUCAUCAAUUGCGCCAUCUAUGAACGACUGCAGUGAACUACGUCAACUUCGAGCUAGCGUAACUGAAUCUACAAUUGAAGCAUUGAAAUGUGAAGCAAAACUGGAUGUUAUAGAUAGCACAACUUCAGAACCUCUCUAUGCUGAAAUUCCAUGCUGGAGACCACCUUCUGAACAUGCUAUUGAAAUAAUGAACUUAAACGGCGAAGCCGUAACCGAAUUAUGACCGCAAUGAGUAGAUUAACGUACAAACUCAGCAAGUAGUUCUAAAAUGUUAUACUAGAUGGCGUUGUAUGAAAGUUUUAGUAUCAAUCUACCAAAGAUUUUUGUGUGAAG